AUGUUGAGCCCAGUGAUGACACCAGAUGAUGAUUCACCUUCAACACCAGAUGGUAUGAUUUUUGCUCAAAUGCCGUGGCAUCCGGGAUUAAAUUCGGCGGCUCGAAGUGCGAGUUGUCUGGUUUUGAAUGAGGUGAGUUAGGGUAACUUCUUGGGUGGUCUUAGAAUUAGAAGCCUCCUACAGUCUUCAGAAGCCUCAAGAAGCCGUUAGAAGCCUCCUAUGGCCUUCUGAAGUCUCCAGAAGCUUCCAAAAGUCUUCAGAAGUUUUCAGAAGCCUUCAGAAGUCUUUAAAAGCCUCAAGAAGCCUUCUGAAGCCUUCAGAAUCCUCAAAAAUCCUUUUUGAAAUUUCCAAAAGCCUAUAAAAAUCUUCAGAAUCCACCUCUGAUAUCAAAAAAAAAUUCAGAUUUCAUCCUAGAGAAAAAAAUUGGUUCCUAGAAAAUCUCAUAAAAAUAAUCACAGAAAAAAUUGUUUCCAGGAAUUUUUGGAUAAAAAAAUAUGAAAAAAUAUAAUUUUUGAUGACAUCAUAAAUUUCCAAAAAAAAAAUCCGAAAUUUAAUUAUAGGUUACUUUUUGGGUGGUCUAAAAAUCUAGGCUUGAGAUUUUUAGGUUUUUAGGCUUCCGGAGGAUUCUGCAAGCUUCCAAAGACUCUAGAAGGCUUCUUAUUUUUCAACCUGAAUUUCUAGAAUUCUUCUUGGGUGGUCCCAUAUUCUGAAACCAUAAAUUUUUGUCUUAAAAUCGCACCUAAAGCUCAUUCAAACGUAUUUAAGUUCACUAUGGCAACGUGCUCUAAAAAAACUUGAUAAUGUCUCGUUUUCCCCAAUUUUUUCAAAUCUUUUUUACCCAAAAAAAAAUAUCUAUAGAGCCGCAAAAAUCGUAAAAAAUCCAUAUUUCCCUUACACACUACAAAUUUCUAUUUUUUUCCGCUGCUGCUCAAUUUUUCUUGUCGGCUGCGCCCUAAGCUCCUCCUCUCUUGUGAAGCACAAAAAAACGGAUUUCAGACAUUUUCAGACGGUGAUUUUUCAUUUAUUCAUGGGUUUGAGAUGGUGAGUUAAUAUGAGCAGUCUUUAUAACAUGAGUAAUAAAAAUGUUUAAUUUUAGAAUAGUAUAAUUCUUAUUAUUAUGAUAAAGGAUAAUCCGAAAACGCCUACAAAAAUAAUAAUAAUUUUUUUUUUUGAGAAAGAUUAGUCUAAGCCGUGUCAAAAUCUUGUUCCCCCCAAAAAAAUAUUUUUUUGUUCAUUUUCAUUUUCCUCUUCCCUAAAAACUUUUUAGUGAAAUUUGAGCAUUGCUCAUAUUAGGUUACUCAAAAAUGUUACACACAAAUUUUUGCAGAGCGAUAGAAGUGGUGGUGGUUGUGAUGAGCAACAAGUUGGCUCGGGGGGCUCAGGAGAUCAGAGGAAAACUGUCAAUUUUCGGGAACCUGGUGAGUUUACUUCGUGGGUGGUCUAGGGAAAGUACACUAGGCUCCGCCUCCCGAUAAAUUUUUUUUUUUUGAAUAAAAAUGGGCGGAGCUUAUUACUAUCAGAAAAUUUUCAGAGUAAAAAUUCAUUUCUUUUUCAAAAAGUGCACAGGCUCCUCCAAAAUGGGCGGAGCCUAUUACUUAUUCAUUUUCAGAGUAUUUUUUUUUUCUUGAAAUUUUUUUUAAUUUCCUUCGGUUUAAAGGCUGUAGAAAGUUUUCUAAAAGUUUUUUUUGAAAGUUUUUAGCUUACCUUCAAAAAAAAAGUUCUCACAAACGUCACCAGAAAAAAAAUGAAAAAAAUAGAAAAAAUAUAUAUAAUUUUUGUGGAUAAGAAAAUUGUAAACAAGAUAUAUAUUUCUUUUUUUUGGCUGAUAUUAUUAUGAUUAGUGGGGAUUUAUUUGGCGCCAAAUAAAAAAAAUAUGUUUUUUGUUGUUGUUGUUAUGGAGAGGAAAAUUUUGAAUUUGAAUUUGGAAUUUAAUAAAAGUUCUAAGCUUAAGCUUUAGUCCUAAAAUUUAAGUUUAAGCUCCAAAGUUUCAGACUUAGCCUAACUUUUCAAAAAAAUCCAAUCAAAAAUCAAUAAUUCUUGCAGAACUCGGCGCUUCCAAUGAAAAUCAACAACUAAAUCACGAUUUCGAGGUAAAUUGAAGCCACAUGUUUUCGUUCUUGUUUCAAAAAAAAAAAGAUUUUUCCGAAAUUUUUCAUUUUUCUCAUUGAUUUUUUGUGUUGCAGGAGCAGACUCGUAAAAUGUCAUUAGUUGGAAAACCAUUGACUUAUAAGAAUUACAGUACUGAUCAGAAGUUUCGAAGAAUGCAGACUAGGAUGCACAAUUUUUUGGAGCGGCCAAGGGGUUGGCAGGCCGCUUCUUAUCAUUUGGCUGUGUGAGUUUUUUGGGCGGGCUUUUUAGGCUUUUCUGGGCUUCUGGGGGCUUCUGGAGGCUUCUGUAGACAUUUAGAGGCUUCAGAAGGCUUCCCAAGGCUUCCAAAGCCUUCCAUAGGCUUUCCAAAAUAAUAUUCCAAAAAAUUUGAACUUCUAGCCUACGUCAAAGAAAAAGUAAAGCUACCGUAAUCCAAAAAACCCCUUUUUUGUAUCCCAAAAAAAUACUAAUAAAGUACAAAAGUGUUUCCAUAGCUACAGUACUCUGCACCUGUUUUUCUGAACUCUCAGCCUACGUCAGCAAAAAAGUAAAGCUACCGUACUCCCAGAAAAAUAUAUUUUUUGUAUCCAAAAAAAAAGUACAUUUUUGUUUGAGCAGAAAAAAUGCUACCGUAAUCUAAUAAUCCUCUGGAAAACUAAUAAAGUACAUCACAUCAGGAAAAAAGAAGCUACAGUACCCCCCGAAAAACUACAGUACUCUAAAAAAAAGGAGAUUUUCAGGUUGCUAAUGGUCCUAAUGUGUUUGGGGCUUUCUGUUUUUUCAACAAUGCCAGAUUUUGAAGAGCAAGCUACAUGGAUUCUUUAUCAUUUGGUGAGUUUAGAAAAAAACUUCUUGGGUGGUCCGGGACCACCCAAGAAGUUAUAACUAAAACCUAAUUUUUUAGGAAUUCAUAUUCGUAAUCUGGUUAGCAACCGAAUAUUUUUGCCGCGUUUGGUCGGCAGGUUGCCGCUCGCGGUAUCGCGGGAUCUCAGGUCGCAUCAGAUUUGCGACAAGUGCCUAUUGUGUGAUUGAUAUCAUCGUGAUUCUCGCCUCAAUUACAGUACUAUGUAUCGGAGCCACCGGUCAAGUUUUUGCGGCGUCUGCGAUUCGCGGCUUGCGAUUUUUUCAAAUUUUGCGAAUGUUGAGAAUUGAUCGCAGAGCUGGGACUUGGAAAUUGCUUGGAAGUGUUGUUUGGGCUCAUAGACAGGUAAAUUUGGAGAUUUUUUCAGACCGGAUUUUCAGACUGAAGAAGUAUCCUUAUUUAGACUCAAAAAAAUCUAGAUUUUCAGGCUGAAAAUUCAAGGCUUUUCAAAUUUAAACAGCAGCUCAGAAAAGCUCAAAAAAUCUGGAAUUCCAGAUUCAAAAUAUAGGCUUAUUUGGACUCAAAAAAUCUAGAAUUUCAGAUCUAAAAAAUAGACUUAUCUGAACUCAGAAAAUCUCUAGCUUUGUAGAAAAACCAGAAGGGCUCCGCCGGCUAUCGCCGGCUCCUCCUUCUGGGCUGUCGUGGCUUCGCGUUCAGUAUUCUUUUGAAAAACAGUUCGUUUCUCUGAAGUCCUGUUAGGAAAUUGAGAUUUUGUCCAAUUUGUUGAGAAACCGAAAAUAUGUAUCAACAAUAUGCGAUAUGUUCACUUUUUUUGAACCUAUCUAAGCUUUUAAUAAAAUCACGAACAGUGUUAUUUGAGCUACUUUUUCUGACACGCCGCCCUAAUCUUUCUCAAAAGCUGGUGAAAAAUCACGUGAAUGCCAAACACAACCUUAAGCCUAACAAAAACAAAAUUUUCAAAAAACUAUCCCAAUCCCAAAUAGCCGCAGUCUGGAAGCCUGCGCCUAAUCUCUCUCGCAGCUUGAAAAAUUUUUGACCCAGGAAUGUCUGCUAAGUCGGUUGAAAUUUUGAGAAUUUUAAUCGUUUUGAAGACCCAUUUCGCAAGAAUAAAAAAAUCUCGGGCCGAUUUUUUUCGAUGACAAAAAAUCUCGGGUUGAUUUUUUUCGAUGACAAAAAAUCUCGGGUUGAUUUUUUUCGAUGACAAAAAAUCUCGGGCCGAUUUUUUUCGAUGACAAAAAAUCUCGGGUUGAUUUUUUUCGAUGACAAAAAAUCUCGGGCCGAUUUUUUUCGAUGACAAAAAAUCUCGGGCCGAUUUUUUUCGAUGACAAAAAAUCUCGGGCCGAUUUUUUUCGAUGACAAAAAAUCUCGGGCCGAUUUUUUUCGAUGACAAAAAAUCUCGGGCCGAUUUUUUUCGAUAAUCAUAAACUCGUGCCGAUUUUUUUCGAUGACAAAAAAUCUCGGGUUGAUUUUUUUCGAUAACAAAAAACUCGGGCCGAUUUUUUUCGAUAACAAAAAACUCGGGCCGAUUUUUUUCGAUGACAAAAAAUCUCGGGCCGAUUUUUUUCGAUAAUCAUAAACUCGGGCCGAUUUUUUUCGAUGACAAAAAAUCUCGGGUUGAUUUUUUUCGAUAACAAAAAACUCGGGCCGAUUUUUUUCGAUGACUAAAAAUCUCGGGCCGAUUUUUUUCGAUGACAAAAAAUCUCGGGCCGAUUUUUUUCGAUGACAAAAAAUCUCGGGUUGAUUUUUUUCGAUGACAAAAAAUCUCGGGCCGAUUUUUUCCGAUGACAAAAAAUCUCGGGCCGAUUUUUUUCGAUAAUCAUAAACUCGGGCCGAUUUUUUUCGAUGACAAAAAAUCUCGGGUUGAUUUUUUUCGAUAACAAAAAACUCGGGCCGAUUUUUUUCGAUGACAAAAAAUCUCGGGCCGAUUUUUUUCGAUGACAAAAAAUCUCGGGCCGAUUUUUUCGAUGACAAAAAAUCUCGGGCCGAUUUUUUUCGAUGACAAAAAAUCUCGGGUUGAUUUUUUUCGAUAACAAAAAACUCGGGCCGAUUUUUUUCGAUGACAAAAAAUCUCGGGCCGAUUUUUUUCGAUGACAAAAAAUCUCGGGUUGAUUUUUUUCGAUGACAAAAAAUCUCGGGCCGAUUUUUUUCGAUGACAAAAAAUCUCGGGUUGAUUUUUUUCGAUAACAAAAAACUCGGGCCGAUUUUUUUCGAUAACAAAAAACUCGGGCCGAUUUUUUUCGAUGACAAAAAAUCUCGGGCCGAUUUUUUUCGAUAAUCAUAAACUCGGGCCGAUUUUUUUCGAUGACAAAAAAUCUCGGGUUGAUUUUUUCGAUAACAAAAAACUCGGGCCGAUUUUUUUCGAUGACUAAAAAUCUCGGGCCGAUUUUUUUCGAUGACAAAAAAUCUCGGGCCGAUUUUUUUCGAUGACAAAAAAUCUCGGGCCGAUUUUUUUCGAUGACAAAAAAUCUCGGGCCGAUUUUUUCGAUAAUCAUAAACUCGGGCCGAUUUUUUUCGAUGACAAAAAAUCUCGGGUUGAUUUUUUCGAUAACAAAAAACUCGGGCCGAUUUUUUUCGAUGACAAAAAAUCUCGGGCCGAUUUUUUUCGAUGACAAAAAAUCUCGGGCCGAUUUUUUCGAUGACAAAAAAUCUCGGGCCGAUUUUUUUCGAUGACAAAAAAUCUCGGGUUGAUUUUUUCGAUAACAAAAAACUCGGGCCGAUUUUUUUCGAUGACAAAAAAUCUCGGGCCGAUUUUUUUCGAUGACAAAAAAUCUCGGGCCGAUUUUUCGGAAGAAAGAGGGUAUUCUCAAACUCAAGCUUCAAAAAUCAAAACCUCUAAAGUUUUGAAAACCACACUUUUUUUCAUAACUUAUCUUUCUUCCAAGAAUUCAUUUCUUUUUUCGAAAGCCUUUCCAUUUCUAAUCCUCUCCUCUCCUGUUCAGAGCCUCAAUUUCCGAGCUUGAAAAGAGAACCUAACACAAAUCAUAACUCACAAUCAUCGAUAUAAACAAUAAUCUCUUCUUCUAGUCAAAUAAAUUAUUCCACAUCUGGAAAUUUGAGGAAGUUAUCACUUCAUCAUCUAUAGUAGUUUGACUUACUUUUUGAUGAUUAUUUUAUUCCCUAGUUAGGCAAAGGGAAACAUCGAGAAAUGACCAAAAAUAUUUGACUAUUUCUCAGUAAUAGAAAGAUCAGAUAAGAAACGUGUUCUGAUAUUUUUUACGAAUAAAAACGUGAUCAUUCUUUUUUUCAUGAAAAAAGUUUUGAAUUUUCACGUAAAAACUCGCGCACUUUUUGAACAAAUCAAUAUUAGCGCAUCGAUGGGAUAGAAUUUGGGAUAGAAUGGUGGAGGUCCCAUGAAAAAUGGCCUUCUGGAAGUUGAGUUAUCGCGAUGGACAGGUUUUAUUUUCAAAAAAUACAUUGAGUUUUUCAAACUUUUACCGCUCCGCGCACCCCUGAGAGAGUCAAAUUAAAAAGAUUAGCUAGCCCACCAAGGUGCCAAAAUUUGCAAACUUUUCAUUUUUUGAUCAUCAAUUUUCGUGAUCGUUGAAGGUAUGAACGGGGCCUGGACAAACUAUUCAGUUUCCAAUUAGUAUAUAGUAGAUCAGACUGUGAAUCUCAAGAUCUUAGUCUAUUUAGGCUAACAAAAAUCAGAAUUUUCAGGCAUCCUCAAUUUCAGUCAAAUUUAUCUAAACUUUAAAAAAAUCUAGAAAUCCAGAGAAAAAUUCACAAGAAUACAGGAUAAACUAAAUGAAUUACUCCGAUCAUUUUUAAAAUUCUCCGAUUUUCCUCUCUCAAAUUUGACUUCUCAAAAACAAUUUCCCACCAAAAAAAAACGCAACUAACCUGCUCAUUUUUGUCGUUGUCGCUAGCCAAGCCAAAAAAUACAAGAAUGACAAUAGAAACAUUGUGCAACACACACACACAUGUAAAUUAUACAAUCUAGGUCAAAAAACCACGCCCCUUUUGGAUGCCUUCCCAAAAAACAUGUGUGUGUUUGUGUGUUGCAUAAGAAAAGGGGGAAGACCAAAAGACUAAAGUGUAGUCAAGGUGUUUUUUGUUUUUUUUAUUUUUUUGUGGGAAUUUUGGGCUCUGUGGGUUUUUUAAGGAACAAAUCUAAUUUUUUCUUUAGUAAAAAUAAUUCUUAUUCUAUUUUUUUUCUUUAUUUUAAUUUAAUUUGAAUUUCAAAGAUAAGGACUAUAACUAAAUUUUUUUGUGUCUAGAUUUUUAAAAUUAAAAAUUUACAAGCUUUGAAAUCUUACCGUACUCUCAAAAACCUUUCCAAAUUCCCCCUUUUUCCAGGAACUUCUCACAACUGUCUACAUUGGUUUUCUUGGUUUGAUCUUUUCAUCUUUCUUGGUGUAUUUGUGCGAGAAGAACACCAAUGACAAAUAUUCGACAUUUGCUGAUGCUUUAUGGUGGGGUGUGGUGAGUUUUUUGGGGGAUUUUGGUGUCCAAAAAUCUAGAAAAUUUUUUGAUGACGUCAUAAUGAGUUUUGUGUGUGUUAAAAAUGAUUAUGAGUGGAUUCUUGUGCAUUUUCAGUGUCUGAAACCUUGUAUUUAUGACGUCACAUAUAAUUUUAGGUGAUUUUUGAUGUAUGAAAAUAAUUCAUGACGUCAUAGAUUUUUUUCAAAAAAAAAAAUGACAUAAUAAGAAAAUAUGUAGUAUCCGAAAAAUGAGAAAGAAAAUUUUGUUCUGAAAUUUUGAUAAUGAAAUUUUCCAGAUAAUCUUUCUGAAAAAAAAUUUCCAGAAAACCUUUUUCACAAUAAUUUUAAAAAUAUAAAAACCUAGGCUUAUUUAGCCUCGAAAAAUUCACAUUUUCAGACCUGAAAAUUUCAAGCUCCAGAAUCCCAAUAUUUCAGACGGAAAACUAGAAUAAUUCAAAUCUGCAAAACCUAGAUUUCCAGCCAAAAACCCAGGCUUUAUCAUGCUCAAAAUCAGGGCUUAAACAAUUUUCAGCACAAAAACCUUCCAGCCCAAAAAUGUUUAUUUUCAGAUCACCCUUUCAACCGUCGGCUACGGUGACAAGACGCCCGAAACGUGGCCGGGAAAAAUCAUCGCCGCCUUCUGCGCUCUUCUCGGAAUCUCAUUUUUCGCCCUCCCAGCCGGAAUUUUAGGAUCAGGAUUCGCUUUGAAGGUUCAACAACAUCAGCGACAAAAACAUUUGAUCAGGAGAAGAGUUCCGGCUGCUAGAUUAAUCCAAUGUUUGUGGAGACAUUAUUCAGCGGCUCCCGAAUCGGUAUCUCUUGCCACGUGGAAAAUUCAUUUGGCUCAUGAGAUGGCACCGAUUGUCAAGUUUACACCGAAUGGAAGUAAUAAUGCGACUGGUUUGAUUAAUCGACUUAGGCAAAGUACUAAAAGUGAGUUGGGAUAAGUCUGAGAAGCCUUGGGAAGCCUUGAGAAGCCUUGGAAAGCCUUGGGAAGCCUUGGGAAAGCCUAAAAAGCCUUAGGAAUCCACAAGAAGCCUUAGGAAUCCUUAGAAAUCCUUAGAAAGCUCUGAAAAGCCUUGGGAAAGCCUAACAAGCCUUCAGAAGCCUUAGGAAAGCCUGAAAAAGCCUUACCUUCAGCCUAAGCUUGUUUUUUCCGAAUUCAAAAAACUUUCGAACAAUAAAAAAUAAAAAAAAUUUGCACUUUUUUCUGAAAACGUCACACAUAACAUUUCAAUUUUCUGAAAUUAAUUAUAGAUUUCAUGAAAUUUUUUCAUGGCUGACAGAAAUAAAUUGUUUCAGACUUUGAAAUUUUCAGAAAAAAAUGGGGAUCUCAAAAACUAUUUUUUGAAAAUUUUUAUUUUGAAAUUUCAAAAUUUGCUUAUUAACAUGAGCAAUCCUUAGGCUCUAGGUUGUCUAGACUCUCUAGGCUCUCUAGGCUCUCUAAAUUUCUAACUCUGAUCUCUGAAAUUUCCAGGAAGUCCACAUCAACCAUCAACAUCAACAAUCCAAAACAUCCCAAUGACAACAAGAAAUCUAAUGGUGCCCCGAACACACGACAACAUCUCGCUGGUCUCCACAUCCGACAUCUCGGAAAUCGAGCAACUCGGUGCUCUCGGCUUCUCACUUGGUAGGUUUCGAGUCAGUUAAGACGCUAUAGGUAUGUUUGAAGGAGGCUGGAAAUCGAAGCGCGACAACAAGUACGGUCAGAGUAGUAGUAGCACGGCGAAUCGACGUGUCAUGGAUGAUUCGAUGAUUCGAGGUGGAAGUUCGAGUGGUGGAGGUGGGAAUAAUGGACAAUCGAGCAGUGGAAAUGGCGGCAAUAAUAAUUUUGAUGGUGAGUUUUGGUUUAGAUGGGAACCUUUUUUUACUCAACUUUUUGAAGGCUUUUGAAAUUGUGCUAGAGAGCGAGAGAGUUAGAGAACCUAGAGAGGCUAGAGAGCAUAGAGAGCUUAGAUUAAGAUAAUGUUAGCUAUCAAAUUUCGAAGCAUUGCUCAUGUUAAAAUACAAUUUUAGCGAAAAUUUUUGAAAAUUGUAAUCAUAAAAAAAUUAUAGCUAUGUAUAUUACUCUCAGGAGAACGACCGCGAAAUCUGCGCGAAAAGCGGGGUCUCUGCGAUUCGCUCAACCUUCGCGGGAGAAUCACGCGUUUCGCACAAACCUCGCGCAAUCUGAGCCUCGGUCGACUGGACGUCGCGAAAUUUGCGCGAACUGCGGGGAACUUCGCGUUUCGCGGAAAUUUCGCGGGCUUCCUCGACCGAAUUGGAGCGUUUCGCGACAUUUUUGCGCAGUAGCAUGGCAUAUAAAAAACAUUUUCGCUAUUCGCGUCACGUGCGCGCAUGGUCAAGUGGGUAAAACAAAUGUAUUCGAGGUGAGAGGUUGUGGGUUCGAGGUUGGGUGAGUGUGAUAAAUACAAAUGAUGAUCACCUGAAUGUGAGGAUCGAUCAUGAUGACAUUUUGUUUUGAAAUUGAGAGGACACCGCGAAAUUUACGCGAAACGCGAUAAUGAAACCGCGAAAUUUACGCGAAACGCUGUAACAACACCGCUAAACCGCGGCGGAUGCGCGGCGUUUUAGCGGACUUCUGGGGUUCGCGUUUCGCGCGGAUCUCGCGGUCGUUCUCCUGAGCUCAUAUUAAAAAUUCUUACCCAAAAUCUGGGGUUUCUCAGGCAUUGCUCAUGUUAGUAAUCAAAAAUCAAAGGAUUAGGAACAAACAUUUUUUUUUGAAUUUUUGAGGAGGGCUUAAGAGUCAGAGGGUUAGAGUAUUAGAAAUCAUUGCUCAUGUUAGUUAUUGAAUUCAAAAUCAUUGCUCAUUUUAAGAAUUAUUACCCGAAAUCUAAGGACUGUUCACAGCAUUUUUUUCUUUCUGAACAGCCAUUGCUCAUAUUAGUUAUCAAUAGUGAGCAAAACAUUUUCUGGAAUUUUUCGGGAGAGUUAGAGAUGCAGAGUUUUAGAAGGCUAGAGAGGUUAGAGAGGCUAGAGAGGCUAGAGAGCUCCGACAUUUCAUUGACACUUCAAAAUUUUAGUAAAAAAGGUUCAGUGUUCAAAGUUUUUGUGUAUUUGUGUACGAUUUUUGCAUGAUUUAACAAAAUUGAAAAAAAACCUUACUAACUAAAAUGUCCCAAAAUUUGUCUGUAAAAAAAUCUUAAAAAACCUCAAUGAAGAUGUUCGCCGCCGUUCACGCCGUUCAGUUUCACUUUGUCGUGGCGAUUGCUCUCACCUUGCACCCAUCUCACACCAAUCAACAUCAUCGGCCGCCUCCACACCAAACGCCUUGAUCGACGGUGACGUCAUCGGCGACUACUCGCUAAUGAUGGCACCAAUCUACUCAUGGUGUGAACAAAUGGUGAAACGCAACAAUACACCGGUGGAUGAUGGUGUGUGGAGCCAAUUGACGACUUGUGCAAGGCCUAGAGCUGCUCCAGAAGAGGAUUUAAUGGAUGGUAAGAGUUUGGACUUGGACUUGGAGUUGAGAUUUUCUUAAAGGCGCAUGAGAAUUUAUCCCUCCCGGAAACCCACUAGAAUUUUCGAAUUAAAAAAGCAUGUGGAUUUUUUUUCUUGGUUUGCGUCUCUAACUCUUCUGGAUUAAAAAAUGUAGGUCAGAGGUUACUGUAAUUUUGAAUUCCUGGAAAUUUUUCAAGGUUACUGUAGAUCAAAAUUCACUAUUUUGGUUAGAACUUUUCAAGGUUACUGUAGCUCAAGAUUUAUAGAUUUGAACCAAAAUUUUUCAGGUUACUGUAGAUCAAAACUCACUAGAUUUUUAUGUAAUUUUUUGUAAGUCCUUGAAGCUUGUCAGGGUUACUGUAGAAUUACUGUAACUCAAAAUUAUCCUUUUUGUGCACAGAAUUUUUAAAAAAGAUUACUGUAACUUUGAAUUUAUUAGUUUUGUACAGUUACUGUAGCUUCAAAAAAUAAUACGGUAUCUAGUAAAAUAUUCCAAAAAUAGAAAAAAAAUGUUUCAAAAUGAAGAUUUUUCGCGCCGAAUUUUCAUGGGUACUGUAUUUUAAAUCAAAGUUUCAAAAGUUUUCCCAAUUUUUUUGCUUCAUAUCAGUUUUUUUAAGUUUCAGUGUGAUUUUUUUUUUCGGUUAAGCCCUGGGUUCUGGAAUUUUCUACCCUCUGAAAAUCCAAUUUUUUGCAGAAGAAGAAAACAUUGGUUAUCAACCUCAAUCAAUCGAUGAUUUUACACCAGCCUUGCGAAAUGCCGUGCGAGCAAUUCGUCGCAUUCAACUUCUGGUAGCCCGAAAAAAAUUCAAAGAAGCUCUGAAACCCUAUGACGUCAAAGAUGUGAUUGAACAAUAUUCAGCUGGUCAUGUCGAUUUGCAAAGUCGUGUAAAGACUGUGCAAACAAAGUUGGAUAUUAUUUGUGGAAAAAAUAUUGAGAAAUUGGAACCCAAGACUUCAAUGUACAGUAGAUUGAUGACUUUGGAAUCGACUGUUGAAAAAAUGGAUAAAAAAUUGGAUUUGAUGGUUGAGAUGAUGAUGGGAAGAAGGAUUAGUAGACAACCAACGGCUUGUCAGCCGAGCUCAUCGAGACAUGAGUGAGUUUGGGGAUUUGGGCUUAAAAAUCCAGAGGUUUUGAGCCCAGAUAAGCCUAGACUUCAAGUUUGAGAAUCCGGAUUUUUUGAGCCUAAAUAAGCCUAGACUUCAAGUUUAAGAAUCCGGAUUUUUUGAGCCUAGAUAAGCCUAGACUUCAAGUUUAAGAAUCCGGAUUUUUUGAGCCUAGAUAAGCCUAGACUUCAAGCAUGGAAAUCCGGAUUUUUUGAGCCUAAAUAAGCCUAGACUUCAAGUUUAAGAAUCCGGAUUUUUUAAGCCUAGAUAAGCCUAGACUUCAAGUUUGCAAAUCCGGACUCUUUGAGCCUAGAUAAGCCUAGUUUUGGCCCAGAAAAUAUGAAUUUUUUCAAAGUUUCAGACUGAUUAAUGGACUUAAAAUAACCAAGUUUUCAAGCUCAAAAAGUCAAUAUUUUCAGGCUUGAUAACUAGGCCUAUUUAUACUCAAAAAUCCAGAUUUUUAAGCCUGAAAAUCUAGGCCUUUUCAAACUCAAAAGUCAAUAUUUUCAGGCUUUGAAAUCAAGGCUUUUCAAGCCUGAAAAGCUAGGCUUCCGUGCCUGAAAAUAUCUGAAACUAACCAAAUUUUUUCCAGCGAACUCGACCGUGAAAAUAGCAGAUCCCGUCGAUCUGUAGCCUCGUGUGAAAUGGAAAUGUUCACCGCCCGAUCACAUUCACCUUCAGCUAUAACUUCAGAACCUCGAACCGAAAUCGAAAUCGAUGAGAGAGAAACUUUUGAAGAUAUUGAUGAAACUACUCCACUUGAUUCCUGA